AUACUGCCGUCCACAAACAAGAGGCGCGUCAAUGUGUGUGUGUGCGCGCGCGCGCACUGCAGCAUCACGUCGCGGCCCAGACGCGAACCAGCACUUCCUUACAGGCUCCGGGACCGAGACCAGGAUCGGGACCCAGUGGGACCGAAGCGGCAACCACUCAGUCCGUCCGUCAUGACAUGUAGCUGCGGCGAUGGCGGCCGUGCGCGUGUUUCGUGUGCUCGUCUUGGCGUGCGUGUGCGCGCUGUGGGAGGCCAAGUCCGUGCACGAGCAUUUUGAGGUCCAAAUCAAAGUCCAGGUGUUCGACAACAGUGACCUGACUCCGCUAGCCGACGCCCUGGUGGAGGUCCACGGCAACCAGAGUGUAUUGGCAACGGCUCGUGCUGGCGCAGACGGCGCGGUGACGGUGGACUUUGAGUACCGUGCUGCUAGCUGGGUCAUCAUUAGCGCUGCCAAAGCAAACUACGUCACCAACUCGGUGCCGUGGUUCUCGGGCCGCCCGCCCCUGUACGCCUCAGUAAGUUUGUACCUUCUGGUUCAUCGACCCGGUACGCUGAUUCUGUAUGAUGACGUCCUUCUCGUUCUGUCCGGCUCACCAGGUGGCGGCGAGCAUCCCGUGGUGCAAUUUCCCCGGAAGUCGUUGCAACUUCCACCCGACUCCAACGGGACGGCGCUGGCGGCCUCGCUGACCGCCGCCAGGACUCAGGACGAGAUGGGCGGCUUCCCCUUCUUGCUGGGCCGCGAGACCAACGGCUCAGGCGCAGACGCGGGUUGGACUAACUUGAUGCCGUUGGCACUCGUCGGCGUGGAGCUUUCGGACAAAGACGGCAGCCCCGUCCCUGUUUCGGACUCCAUCCGCAUUUCCGUGCCGCUUCCGUCCGACACGCGCAAUAGGAUGGCCACCAGCGUGCCCACGUGGAUGUAUCAGCAGCACACGGGGCUGUGGGUGCGCAACGGUACGGGCUACAUCCAGAAGGAAGGCUCGCACUUUGUGUGGAAGGCGGUGCUCUCUCAAACGGGCUACUGGGUGGCCGCUUUCCCCGCCUCCUCAGGACUGGUCCCGAGCCACCCGGGCCUGAGGGACAUCACCGCCUACCACACCCUGUUCCUGCUGGCCAUCCUGGGCUCUUUGGCUCUGCUGGUUCUCAUCCUGCUCUGCGUCCUGCUCUACUACUGCAGGCGGAAGUGUUUGAAACCUCGCCGGCAGCUCGGGAAGCCGCUCCCCUCCAACGGCAACGGCGCCAAGCGGGACCAAGGCACGUCCACGUCGCGCCUCAAUCUAAUAUGCGGCGGUCACGCCGAGUCGGGUCCGUCCGACGAUAAGUCGGACCCGUCGCCCUCGCGGGACUACCGCGGCUCUCGCGAGGACCUAUCCAAGCACGUGGCCGCUCACAAGCUGCGACAUUCCACGGGCAAAACCACUUGCGGUUCUCAGCGCGGCGAAUGCUUCGCCAUGAAGGCCACCCGAGCCACCGACACCAACAACCUGGACAACCCGCUGCUGCACGAAGACUACGAGCAGGGCUACGGUCCCAUCGAGGGCGGCAAGUCCGACUAUCACCGGCAUCACAGCGCCAACGACAAUCGCGGCUACUCGUCCGACCCGCCGUCGCCGCCGCGUUUCCAAGGCUACGUGCCGAGCCAGCCCGACAAACCUCCGGAAUAUUCGGCGGCGGCGGCCGACAGCCUGGCCCGGCCCACCUCGCUCAACACCCAGCCGGGCCAGAUCAUCUUCUGCAGCUCCAUCGAUCAGAUGAAGGAGAACAUGUACCGCAGCAUGGUGCCCACCCUGGUCAUCCCCGCCCACUACAUGCGCCUGCCCUCCGAGUUUGCCGGCAAGGACGGCAAAGAGCCGAAGGAAGGCAACAAAGAUGGCGUCCAGAUGGGAGGAGCCCAGCAACAGCAGCAGCAGCAGCAGCAACAACGGCAGCAGUGCGGCCCCGCCGGCGACCAGUCGGAGGACCCCGGCUGGACGCCCGACUCGUCCGGGGGAGCCGUCACAUUCCCGGUGCUGUUCAACGACUCCACCAUGGCCCAGAUGAACGGCGAACUGCAAGCCCUGACGGAAAAGAAGCUUUUGGAGCUGGGCGUCAAGCAGCACCCGCGGGCCUGGUUCAUCUCCUUGGACGGCCGCGCCAACGCCCACGUGCGCCACUCCUACAUCGAUGCCGGCAACGACCUGAGCGGCGGCGGAUUUGGCGGCGGGGCCGGAAGCUCCGCCAGAGACGCCAACCUGGUACCGCCCCUGGAGGCUCACGAGCGCAAGAACGCCAGCGGGCUCAAGGCGAAAGACGAACGCUGGGAGACGGGACGCAAGGCGCGCGGCGGGGCGGGGAAAAGCUACUCCAAGCUGGCCUACCCCGACCGCGGCGACCCCGGCGGCGAUGGCGGCGGCGGUGGCGAGGGCCGCCCCGUUUCCCCCGAGGAGAAUUCCCUGACGCCGCUUCUGGACCAGGGGCCGUCCGGUCGCGCGUCCGCCGUUCCUCGCAAAGGCCGCGAGAACCGCCACGACUCCAUGACCAGUCCCGAUGAUGACACCGAGGACAAAGAGGAGAACCGCAAGAGUCCCUGGCAGAAGAUCGAGGACAGGCCCCUCAUGGUCUUCCAUCCCAGGAAGUGAAAAACCUGCAGCCGGCGUUCACGCCAUGGAAAGCCCUUUUCGGCAUUUUCUCCCUUCAUUCUUAUUCUCCGGCACUCGGCGAACCGUUUUGUCUGACCACUGAUCCUUUUCCACUACUCUAUGGCACAAUCGGAGAACAACUACGGCGCGCUAGGAGAACGACGAGGACCCUGUUUAUUUUUUUCCCCCACCUCGACGACUGGGUGGCACACAAAUGUCACGGAGUAGUGGAAAAAAACUUUGUAAACAUGAUCUACUAGUCUGUGAAAUUGUCUGAGUAAUAAGGGCAAAGUGUCGCGCACAAGUCGAAUAUGGAAGGGAUGCUCAAUCGACUUUCCAUAAUUGCCGUCACAACAAGCACAAGCAUGCAGGUUCCUGAUUGGUUGUCAGGUUUGUGCCAAGGGGGGGAGUACACUGAGCCCCGUCACUUGCUAGCGCAGCGACCACGCCAACCGGGUCACGCCGGCCACCCACAGAGGAUGAAGCAGCCAUUUUUCCAAGCACUUGUGAUCUCUGUGUGGUUAGAGUGCCUCGUCGUGCCACCCCUUUCCUCACCAGGCACCAGCGACUCAGUUGUGAGUGUUCGAUUAGGCCUCUUAAUUAUUCGAUAGGUCACUACAGCCGUCUCCUCCUCCAAGUGCCUUGUUCUUUGGCGUGGAGGUUUCUACUCUAGCGUCUCGCGCCACCUGACGGACAGUCGGCGCCGCCAACCACGCAUUCGACCCCCCCUCCCGCGCGGAGCGUCCGCUGCCAAUCUUGCAUUUGACUUUCACGUGCAUGUUUCCAUUGCAAAGGUCACAAUGUGGACUUCCGGUCGUCAAAGUUUACAUGAACGUCUUUUUCUUCUUUCAAAUCCCAACUUUUUGCUUGUAUCCUAUUGCUGACAUUCAAGUGCUGUUUUGUGUUUGUGUUGAUACCUUUUUGAUCAGCCACAAUGACCACUGCACUUGUUUACUUUUACUUCUUCUUGUGGUUGUGAAAAUGAGGAGGCACAAAGGGCCUCCAUCACGUGACAAGUGUAACCUUUGUGUACAAAGUAGAAAUAAAUGUGUUCCCUAACUCA